UUAACCUAUCAGCUACUUACGCAGUACCCACGUGCUUACUGUAACCUUCACUUAGCUGAACCGAGCGGCGAUGGAAAGUCACAUGCAUAACUCCGCUGUGAACCUGGCCCGCUUCAGCAGGGGCCAUUGUGUAUCAAGAUUUCCUGGGUUGCCGCUGAGCCAAAUUGAGUACGAAGACAAUUAUUUCUACGAAAGAAAUGGAGCUGUGGAGCGCGUCACUAAGGUUGACUUCCUGUGGCUCGGCUUAUUCUUCUUGCCCGAUCAUCCCGAGGAGUACGACGCGACGUCCGACAAAGACUGCACCUUCUGCGUCAUGAAUGGCCUUUUAUUCACCAAACACAUUAUCGUGACACCCAACGGCGUUUUCAAGUGUCCGGUGAUAACAUCCUGGUUGAAAAUUCGUCAAGAAGAAAACUAUUUGGCCUCAAAACAGCCAGUAAAUGAUGAUGAAUUUUUCCCAUUUGAACUCUUUUUUGCAACUCAAGAGCGUCUUGACAAGUUUGUAGAAUGCGUUCGAUAUAAUCAAGAACAACAGGUAAAGCUAGAACAAAAACAAAAUUUGUUGAAAUGUGAGCAGCGCAACUGGUUACGUAAAUGCCGAACUCGUGGUCAUCGUAAUGGUCAGCGCCGUCCCGUAAAUAGGCAGCAGUACGCCAUAAAUGGUCAGCACCACGCCAUAAGUGGUCAGCACCUCGACAUAAGUGGUCAGCACCUCGACAUAAGUGGUCAGCAGCACGCCAUAAGUGGUCAGCACCUCGACAUAAGUGAUCGGAACCUCGACAUAAGUGGUCAGCAUGUGUAUAAGAGACAGGACCUGCACCAUGAGCUGAUCAUGAGCUGA